CGCCACAGCCUCUGCGCUGCUGUGCGCCGCCCGCCCCCCGCUGGUGCCGUACAUGGGGGAUGAGGCGCUGGAGGUGUGCAUGCCGGCCGGUGCACGGCGGGCCGACUACAGCCUGAAGGCUUAUUUGGAGCUGUAUGUCUUGCUGCGAGAUAAGGCCCGCGGCUUGCAACAGCAACAGCUGCAACAACAACAACAACAACAAGGGCAAGAAGCGCUGCAACCACCUCCACAGCCGCAGCAAGCGGAACAACGGCAGCAGCAGCAGUUGGAGCCGCACCAAGGAGGAGCGGCAGCAGGGUCAACAGGGCCCACAGCAGAGGAC